AUGGUCCCCUUCCCCCCUCUCCAGGUGAUGCUCUUGGAGCAGACUGCCCCGGCUCACCUGGCUGACACCAUCCAUAAGAAGAAACACACGCGCCCGACCUUCACAGGGCACCAGAUCUUCGCUCUGGAGAAGACUUUUGAGCAGACCAAGUACCUGGCAGGUCCCGAGAGGGCACGGCUGGCCUAUUCCCUUGGCAUGACCGAGUCCCAGGUGAAGGUCUGGUUCCAGAACCGACGGACCAAAUGGAGGAAGAAGAGUGCCCUGGAGCCCUCCUCGUCCUCGCAGCGGGCGGGGGGCUCUGGUGGAGAGCGGGCAGCCUCUGAGACCGAGGACGACGAGCACAACAAGCCCCUGGACCCCGACUCAGAUGACGAGAAGAUCCGGCUGCUGCUGAGGAAGCACCGCGCGGCCUUCUCGGUGCUGGGCUUGGGCACGCACAGCGGCUGA